UCUCUUCUCCCGGACGUUACCACUGGCACUGGUCACGGUGCAUGUGUGCGCGCGUGUGAGAUCGUCAUGCGGCGGUGUCAAAGAUCUCCAUCUUCUUCAUCACCAUUCGGAACUUCUCUCUCAGUGCUCACAAGAAUUGUUCGACCGUGUGAAGAACACAGACCAGUACUCAUGGUACUGCAGUAGACAUCGCACUGGACUCUCGAACCCGCCCUAAAACCUGGUGCGAAAACGUAGUCAAGCUUCACUUGGGAUCGAGGCACGCUAUUCUAGCUUCCGGACUGGUCCAGUGUUGACCUGGUUAAAUGGCGUAAAGAUUUUGUUCUUCGUGACUUCUGCGCUGCAAUUUUACCUAGCCUGAUCAGGGAUCUGUGCAUACACACCACAAAGCGCUCAGCAGAAGACUAGCAUAUUGACCCUGAUCGGGCAACGAUGAGGGAGACUUUCAAGCGCAAGCAACGGUCAUCUCGGCAAGGCUGCCCGGCCAUUGACACGGAGCGCAGCCGCUGAUCGAGCCAGAGAGCCGGAGAGAACCAUUGGGAAGCUGCUGUGACUUCGUAACGAACGUGGAAGAAGUCUCUUCCGUCCGACGACGGACCAUUGGCGAGCCAAGUCGCUGUUUGCCGACUUUCACGCAGUGCUUCGGGGACCAGCAGUGUAGGCUAGUACUGUCUGUAGCUGGCUACAGUGUUUCAUACAUCUGUGAGCCCAACCCUCUGACUGAUCAACGGGUCACUAUGCCGGAGAUGGGUCAGUCUGCUCAGUUACUCGCGGUGUGGACACUCGGAUCACUUCCCCUCGUCGUGGUGCUCAUCGUGGUGUUCUGUGCACGUGGCACACGAAAGAAACGCUCUCCGGCUCCUCUCACCAUCAGGCAGAAUAGCAACUUGACACAGGCGGACAACGAGCUGCAAAUCGACAGCCGAGGAACUGGCUGCCCGGACCUGACUAGCCCCGCGUCCCCACUCAUGAAGACCAUCAGCUCGCCGAUGAAGCAGUACGACGCAAGGAGGGCCGUGACACCCUUGACACUGCGCCGCCAUCAAGCUAGCAGCGGCAGCCAGACGCUGCCGCUGUCUCAGGCUCGACCGCCACCUGCAACUGGGACACGGGUUCAAAUAUACAAGUGGUUGGUUGAGCAACACCGACACUCACUCUUAAACGAAGCGUACAAGUCAGCAGAUCCAAAAGAUUACGGAGCCAAUGUUCCUUUUGAUGAGGAUGAUGAUGAUGAUGAUCCGGAUGACGUAAAUGGCAGUGGACAGCCCCAGGUCAUACGCCAGAAGAAGGACAGCUCGAACUCGAUCGCCCGUCCAGCAGGGAAAGGUGGCUCGUUGCAACGCUCAAACUCGCUGGCACUGGACUUGACCUUGUUCGAUGUCGACUCGCAUGACCAGCCUGCCGAUCUGACAAGACUGCACGGCGAGCCAUUUGCAAAGUCACUUGAUGCUGCCAUGUUCAUGCGUGCUACGUACGAGAAUGUCACUCCCAUGCUCAGCACAAGUCCACAGCUGCUCGUGCCCACGCUGGCACCGCGUGACUCGAACUUUCGCACCAGCAGCUCCUCAUGCAGUUCCACAGGCAGUCAUCAGUCAGCGCUGUCUGCGGACAGCGAUGAUCUGGAGCAGCCUGGUCCGUAUCACCUGCAGAGUAAGAGAGUGGCGGCAUACGAGAAUGUGCAGCCCACCAACAACGACCAGCCAUUCAUACAACUCCAAGCACCGGAUGCACCCACCGCAGCAGCAGCAGCAACAACGCCGACCCAACAGGACCAGUCCUACGAGAAUGUCCAGCUGCAGCUAUCGCCGUCUGGCGGUCCGGCGGGGCGCUACGAAAACGUAACACUCAGCCCCGUCGCUCCCACGUCCACCCUGCUAAAGUCCUUCUCCAAUGGUGGCGGUGGUGGUGGGACUGCAGGGGAUCAGGGUGCACGCUUGCAGGCCAGAGACAACUACGAGAAUGUGCCGUCGUCACCUGGUGUAAUGUCAGCGGCGAGCGAGGCAUCCACUGUCUCUGCAGCUAAUGUGAGAUCAGAGACAUCACCUGCUGUCGCAGAUACGACCGCUACGUCACCUUCAUCAUCUUCAUCGCAGUGGUACGAGUCCAGAGAAUUGCAGCUGAAAUCAGAUGUGCCCGUGGCGCAGAACUUCACAGCUGUCAAGGAAGAGGAUGCAAUGCCGUCGGCCUCCACUUUAUUAGCAGAUGGGCGUGCAACCGCUGGCAGUACUCUGAGUGACACCGAGUCCGACAUGGACGGCACACCGCUUCAAACUAUGACCAGCGAAAGUAGUGGCACAGGAAGGAACACCAGCUCCGGGCAGUCAGCGUCCACGACCCUGUCCGGGCCGUACGCCACACUGGGGCCGGUCGGCAUGCCACGCCUGCUGGAGAACGAGCUGGCCAGCGAUGUGUCCACUCUGCAGCCGUCCACUCAGUCCUCGACUAUGACAGCCACGUCCGGCGCGUACGCAUCCCUGCAGCGCCACCCCGGGCUGAGUUCACAGCCAGUUGUCCGGGAAGACCAUGAGCUAGAACUAGAAGAGGAGGACUACAGUCGCUUAGACAAUAAGCGAAUGACACGAACGCUGUCCAUGGCUAGUACAGACACUAAUCCAUACGGUCGGGUUAGAGUUGAGGAGAAUGUGCACAAUGACUACGACACCAUUGAUCAGGUUACGCCAGACAGCAGCCCUGACAAGGCACACGACUACGACAAUCUCGAUUCAGUCGCUCGGCAAGAAAUCAUCGACAGGAACGCAUCGGACAUGCACGCUCGUUCUGCGAGCGAGCUGAUGACGACAAGCGAGUCGGACGCCGGCGUCCCGGAGUCCGACCAUUCCCAGCAUCAUCAGCAGCCAGUGCUGCACAAGGGCAGUGGUAGUAGUCCAAGCAGCAGCAGCCCGGAGAAGGCGAGGAGUGCACAGCUACUGCUGCCAUCCAGUGCCGAGCACUAUUACACGCCGGACAGUGGACUGGACGAGUUGACGCCAUACUCCACUCUAUCCAAGACCAGCAAUGAAUUAGCUGAUACCAGCACACACCUUGGCAGACACAGCAGUACCAGCAGCGAGGUGGCCAGCUCUCUAUCCAGUCAACACUGGCAUCUUCACCAUCAACACCACCACCAGCAGCAGCAGCAGCAGGCGAAUACGCCCACCACUAACCACCAUCAGCGUCUCUUCAGCAACCCGAUACUAUCAUCGCCUGUAUCAGCAUACACACCCGCAGGCACUCUUCCAGGUGGCGGCGGCGGUCACGAGGACAUGACAUCGCCGGAUGUACCACACAGCCCCCGGCCCCAGCUGUCCAGCCGCAUAUCCAUAGAGUCCUCCAGUACGGCACCACACAUGUACGCGCGGGGCAGUCCAUCACUCUCCCUGCAAUCGUCGUUGAGAGAGGAGAGCCAGACGGCCAUACCACAGGUACCCCCCGGCGACAAUAGACCGGUUCACCUGCGACGGCAUUCUUCGUCACAGGCACCCUCGUCCACUACGGCUAGCCACACGGAAGUGGAGGUAGUAGCAGCCGUUGAUGCUGCUAACACAGCUGCUGCUGGCAACAUAGAGAAUGCAGAUACUGGUAUCAUUGAGCAUAUAAUAGCCGGGGACUUUCAGACGGAUUACGAGCCGCAGCAGAACUUCAUCCUGGGCCCGACACAGCCCAUGCUCAUCACACGCCGCUCUCUAAUGAUGCGGUCAACCACUGUCAAGGAGAGCGACACACAGUCAUUCUGCGGGGGCCAGGACGACGAAGACCCCAAGACAUACCUGUAACAGCGGGAGCAUGGGACAUGUUAGCCCAGGCAUGCCAGUGCUAACGCCGUGGCGCUGAGCCCAGAAUUUAACCUUGUGACUUACGCGGCGAUGCGCCUGUAGCAAUCCUUUAUCCUUGACCCACCAGUACAAGUGUACUGAAACCCAAUCAUCCUGUGCUGCUUCUGCUUCUACUGCUGGUGUUAUUGCAGAAGCAACAGCACAGCCACAACAAUAGCAAUAUCCUGAACAACAUGCUAUUGUAGAUCAUCUACAAUAUGAAGUUGAUGCUUCUUGGUGCAACUAACUCUAAGUUCAUCUACAGUAUGUUACUGUUAGUAGUAUGAAAAAAACACCAUCAUUCAUUCUGUACAAAGUUGAAUCAAUAGCGAAACAAUCAAGAAUGACAGCAAUAGUCAAACAUGUAAUAAUAAUAAUAACAAGAGUUAGUCCCAAUGAUAAAGACAGCAACUUUCCGAGUUUCAAUAUUAACAUAUUUACACCGA